GGCAGUAGUAGUAUCAUUCGCCAUUUUAAAGUUGUGUUGUCGAUUUCUCCUUCGUGUCGUUUAGAAAAUUUAAUUAGUUUUAUUCAAGUACAUUAACAGACAUUUAGUAAUAAUUAUAACCUUUAACAGUUUAUACUGAUUACUCUAUUAAAAUGAAUCACGAAAAAAUUUAGAUAUUUUUGGAGUUGUUUUUAUAUUUAAAAGAUCCUCGACACAUCAUGUGAUUGUAAUUUUUGCUUAUAAUUGUAAAGAAAUCAUGUUUUUUCCAAUCGGUUGGCCCAGGGUUUUGAACCCUACAGAACCUGAAGAAAUAAAUGCAAUAGUGUGCAAUAGGGAUAAAAUUUUAUUUGCUCUUUUAACAAAAGAUACUCUCGAAAUAUGGUAUUGCAAGCCAUGUGUGCCAAUUGUUUUCAACAGACGGACCAAAGAUUCUUUAAGGAAAUAUGGAGAUAACAUCUUGGUUCAAUGGAAACCAGAUUCUACUAUGCUAACGAUAGCAACUUCUGAUAGUUAUUUAUUAUUUUAUCGAAUAAUGGAGAGCGGAAAUGAUAAUCGAGGUUUAUAUGAGCUAAAAGAUUCUCCGGUAACAAGUUUAAAACGUGACAGUGCUGAGCUUUUCAUCAAAGAAGUCAUUCCUUCAUUAGUAAUAACAUUUGUAAUGCCUGUAUGGAUAGACGGAGGAAUAAGUUCAUUAGUUUGUAUAAGAGAUGAACUGAUGGUAGCUACAAGAACACGUCAUAUAAUGAGACAACGAUGGGAAGGAACUGUAAAUCGUGAUUAUUCUUUAGAUCUUCAAAGAAUACCAUUUAGUAUUGAUCAACAAAUUUCAACCGUUGCAGUGCCAAUAACAGAAAAUAAUGUUUAUGUAACAGAUAUUGAAUAUUCACCACUAGUUGGAGGCUUUGCUGUUGUUUUAAGCAACGGAAAAGCUGCCUUUUUGACAGCUCAGUCAUUGAAAUUUGAUCCAAAUCAAGUACAAGGUAUUUGGGCAAGGUAUUUAGAUGAUGCUACAUGUGCUGCUGUAAAUCACAAAUACAGAUUAAUUGCAUUUGGUCGAGAGAAUGCUGAAGGUGUUGUAUAUUAUGUUGAUGAGUCAACAGGCGGUUUGGAAGUGUCUCAUACAUUAAGUUUAUCAUCCAAAGAUUAUCCUGGGAAACCAGGACGGGUGAAAUGUUUAAGAUGGACUCCUGACAGUUGUGCAAUAGCUUUAGCGUGGGAUACUGGAGGUUUAGCUAUUUGGAGUACGUUUGGAGCACUUUUAUUGUGUACUCUUAAAUGGGAUUAUGGAUUACAUGUAGAUCUUACACGAGAUAAUCCUUUGCACAUUCUCACAAUGGAAUGGUCUGCUGAAGGCUAUCAAUUGUGGAUGCUACGAGAAUCUCCAAACCUUCCUUUACACAACGAAGAAAAUGGAAAUGAGCUUUCUAAAAAUGAACGUUCUUUAAUUCAAUUAGAUUUUGUAAAGAGUCCUCUUACUGUCAAUCCUUGCAUGGGCCAUCAUGGACACUUAUAUCUUCAAGGGGAAGACCGUCUGUACCUGAAUCUAGGUGGUAUUACGGCCGAUGUACCAGGAUAUCAUUUAACAAAUGAAAUUCCAAAUGACAACACCAUAUCACAAACCAUCGCUGGAUCGAAACAAUGGCUUGUUGUUCCCAUCCCUAGCAGUUACAGUGGCUCUAAUUGGCCAAUUAGAUAUACUGCAAUAGAUAAUGAAGGACAAAGCAUCGCUGUGGCUGGUAGAACUGGGCUAGCACAUUAUUCUUUAUUAACAAGAAAGUGGAAACUUUUUGGUAAUGAAACUCAGGAGAGGGACUUUAUUGUCACUGGUGGCCUCUUGUGGCAUCGAGGAUUCGUCAUUGCUAGUAGUUAUUCAAUUUUAGAAGACAAAGAUGAAAUUAGAAUAUAUCCUAAAGACACCCGAUUAGACAAUAAUUAUGUCAGGACUGUUCGAAUGCCAUCACAAGUUCUUCUGCUCAAUACCAUGAAAGAAAGGUUGCUAACUUUUUGUGCAAAUGCUCAAGUCAGUAUUUUUGAUAUGAAGUUGGAAGGUAUUGAAGGCUCUGGAAGUCUUGAACUUACUAGAACUCAGAUUGUUGAUAUCAGUGGACUUUGUGUACAUCCUGCUUGUGUUGUUAGUGCUACUUUAACAACAAUUAGAGCUGAAACUGCGGGAAGUCAUCCACAUCCUGAAAGUCUACUGCUUAAUGUAUCUGGAAGACUUUUGAUGGUACAAAGAGAACAUUGUACUGAUAAUCCAGAUCUUUUAUUCACCUGUGGAGCGCCUAAUGUUCUUGCAUCUUGCGUGGAAAACGUAUGGGUACCUUGGAGAUCUCGAAGAGAUAAGCCACAUCUAACUGAAGCUCUUUGGCUUUUUUGUGGUGCCCAUGGAAUGCGAGUAUGGUUACCGUUAUUUCCACGAAAUCAUCAAGAAAGUGCUCAUACAUUUAUGAGUAAAAGAAUAAUGUUACCAUUCCAUCUAAAAAUUUAUCCUCUAGCAAUUUUAUUUGAAGACGCAAUCAUUCUUGGAGCUGAAAAUGAUACUAUCUUAUACACGUCUGAUGCAAACUCGCCGUUUUCACUGCCUUUUAGUCUACUUGAAUUAACAAGUCAAGUAUAUCUUCAUCAAAUACUACGGCAGCUCAUUCACAGAAAUCUUGGCUACCAUGCUUGGGAAAUAGCUAGAUCGUGUGUUUCUCUUCCGUACUUUUCACAUUCCCUAGAAUUAUUACUUCACGAAGUUCUUGAGGAAGAGGCGACCAGUAAAGAACCUCUUCCAGAUGCUCAACUUCCAAGUGUCGUUGAAUUUAUCCGUGAAUUUCCUGGAGUCUGGGCUCGAGCGGUAGUCCAGUGUGCAAGAAAAACUGAAAUUGCUUUGUGGCCUUAUCUUUUUUCUGUUGCUGGAUCGCCGAAAAAACUUCUUCAAGACUGUUUGAAACGACAGCAAUUAGAUACAGCAGCUAGUUACUUAAUUAUCUUACAAAAUUUGGAACCAUCUGCAGUGAGUCGGCAGCAUGCAACACUUUUGCUUGAUGCCGCAUUGGAACAAGGUCGUUGGGAAUUAUCACGAGAUCUAGUUCGCUUUUUACGAGCUAUAGAUCCAAAUGAUGUUGAAUCUCCAAGAACUUCGUGGGGUGGAACUGGAAAAUUAGCUGGACCUCCAUCAACACCAUCAGUUUCUCCUGAAGAAGAUCUCUCCUUAGUAUUAGGGACCAUGCAAGUGUCUCGAAGUCGAAGUUAUAGUACUACAGUGACUCCCAAAGUUCAACAUGAUAAUACAGUCAAAGAUCCACCUUCUUCGAUGUUAGAAAAAACGAGAAACGCAGUGAUGAGACGAAAAAAAUCCGUUCCUAGUGUUAAAACUGAAAGAAGUGAUAAUAAAGAAGCAUCAGCGGAGGAAUUUUUCAUUGAUGUAAUUCUUCAGAGACAUGCUAGACGUUUAUUGACGGCUAGAAGAUUAGCAGACUUGGGUCACUUUGCUGCUAAAUUAGAUUUUCACUUAGUUACUUGGUUGGGAAGAGAACGGGAACGAGCUGCAAGAAUUGAUGACUUUGCUGUGGCUUUGAAAGCAGUACAUGAAGAUUUUUGUUUCCCCUACCCAACAGUAUCACUUUCUCAUCUUCAAAAAUUAAGAAGAGACAGUCAUAUGUCUUUGAGGUCGCCUUUAGAAUUAUCAAAAUCAAUAAGUCUAGAAUCUCCUGAAAAUGAACCUCAAUCUUUAAUGGUUCUAAACUCGAAUAUCAAUACAGAUUUACCUCCAGACAGUGGAUACACGAGUUUACCAAGCACCAGACCACUUUAUGCAAGUAUAGUGUCUCCAGUGGCAAGUUUAGAAACUCAGUUUCCUGUAGCUGAAGCUAAAUUGACUUCAAGAAUACUUCAAGAAACGACAAGUGUUACAAGUGAUGCCAGUACUAAUUGGCGUGACGAUGUUGAGUCAAUUGUCGGAACUUGUUGGAUUGCUGAUCAUCUAGAACCACCUGAGGUUCAUUCGACGACUAUUUCCGGGCCAAGUAGUCGAGCAGAAGUACAAUUAAGGUAUCUUCUCCAGCUGUUCUUAGAAGCUGGUUGUCUUGGAUGGGCUGCAGUUUUAACAACUAUACUUAGAGACGCUUCAGUGAUGGCAAGAAUUGUUAGAGCAGCACACGCUCCUAUGCAAACGUUAGACUCUGUUAUUAAUCUUCGUGAUGGAAUUCUAACUCUAACUAAAUGGUCUCAUUCAGAAUGUCUUGGAUACCGAGCUUUUGUAUCUGGUAUUCAAAAUCAAACGUCCUCACUCAAUCGGUUGAUUGUUGUGAAACAACAACUGCAACAACAGAAUCAACACGAACCAGAAACACCAGAUACUCCGUCUCCAAGUCCAGCUCCUUCAUUCGGAAACAACCAACGUGGAAAUAUUUCACGGUCGAGACGAUCAUCAGCCAGCCAUGCAUCUACAACCGCUACUUUGGAUGAAGAAAGAAUAAACGAUUCUUUCUCCGGUCACGACGAGUCCAAUUUUCGCGGUAGUUUAGGUAAUAUAAAUAGUUCAAAUGACUCAGCGCAACAGAGCUGUGUAAUUUCGUAAAAAUAUUGUUAUUCCUACAUUUUUAGUAGUAAUUUGACAAUGGUGAGAUUUUUAUACUGACUCAGGGUCUACUUUACCAUUGCUCAAUUUAUUAUCAAGUUCAUGGACAAUACCUUUCCAUAGGACUAGAUAACAAUAAACUGUCUGAUUAAAUGAUUUAAAUUAUCUUUUUUAAACAAAAUAAUCAUCUCUGAAGUCUUCAAAUGGAAUUAAUAUUUUUCUCUAUUGUAGAUGGUAGAUAGUAUCAAUUUAUUGCAAUCACUGAGAGUCAUUCAAUAACUGGAUUAAUUCUGAUAGCAAUUUUAAUCACAAUUUUAUACAAAAUAAAUUAAUUUUAAUUUCUUAGUGAUACUGAAUGUAAUAAUUUUCUAUUGAAAAAUAUGGGAAAGGUACUCAUAAUAAAUGCAAUUAGAAAUCGAAUACAGGUAACUAUUUUUUCUUGAUAUAGAAUAUAAAAUUAUAAAAUCUAAUUUAAUAUAUAAAUGAACUGAUAUUGAA